AUGACGUACAGGAAGAGCGAGGCCAUCGCGCGAUGGCGCGGCGAAUCGGUGGUCGGGGCGUCGGAAGGUUGGGCGAGGCUCUUCGCGGCCGGAGCUUGUGCAAGGCUUGCCCAUCAGUUGCUGUGUGCGAUCAGCGAGCUAGCAACAGCUGCCCCUGAGACCGAAGCUCGCUUGGGAGUGGCGGCGCCUGAAAAGCACGCAGCUCCCUUGGGAACCGUUGGGACUGUCUCUGUCCUCUGCCCACACGACACUCUUCACUCCUUCGAUUGCCGUGUUUGCAGCCAACCCGCGCGUCGGGACCGAAUUGACGACGCAAAACUUGGAUCAAAGUUGAGUCCUCGACGUUCAGAUUCUCGACAGCGACUUGGCAAGGCGACCCUUCGGCGUCGGUGGAGCUCACUCAGCAAACGGCUGCGCCACCAGAACCACCAGCCUUUUGCGACGCUGCCACCUCUGCGCUGACGAAGCGUCCAACACGCAGCAACAUCCAGCUUUGUUCUGCGUCUCGCGCACUUGACUUGAGAGAAGACAUAGACAACCCAUCCUCGUCGCCUCCUUUCCCUUGCCUGCCCUCACCGCCUGCAUCUGCCCUGCAACUCGCAGCUCGCAGCUCCACGUCUGGGACCGUCUCCGAUACCACUGUCUGUCUACCAGACACCCGACCAGCGCUAGUUGUGCAGAGGUUCCUUCUGACAACCGCCCCUCGACUGCCAAUACCCUCCCGUCGACUAUCCGAGUAAUUGUUGCAAUGCCUGUCCGGACCAUCAACCCGUUCGCCGCCGCUACUCCCACUCCUCCCCUCGACUCCCUCCACGAGAAGCGCGACACACAGCGCCGGUCUUCCUUCGCCAAGGGCAGCAACAAGUUCACCUCGCUGUUCGGCGGCUCACCCAAAUCACGGACAGACGCCGCCGUCCUGCGUGAAGCCCUUGCCGCACAACAGCAAGCUCUCCUGAACUCGCCGUCUCCCCAGUCACUGUCUCUGCCGAGCAUCAGCCUGACCACUGCCACCGGCGAGAAGAUGCCCACCGAGCCCAAGACCCUCUUCCAGCCGCCGUCCCCCGAGGAGCAGCGACGCAUCGCACGAGCACACGCACAGUUUGGACCCCUCGGAUCGCAAAAGCACAGGUACCACAGCAAAUUCGAGGGCGAAUUCGGCGACCCUAUUGAGGAUGAGCCGCCCUAUUACUUCCUAUUUACAACCUACAUCAGCUACUUAAUCUUAAUCGUAUUCGGCCAUGUUCGCGACUUUUUCGGCAAGCGCUUCAGGAAGCAACACUACAGCCAUCUCCAGGAGCGGGACGGCUACGCGCCCCUCAACAGCGACUUUGAUAAUUUCUACACUCGUCGGUUGAAGAUGAGGAUCAACGAUUGCUUCUCGCGCCCCACGACCGGUGUCCCCGGUCGUUUCAUCACCGUACUCGACCGCAAGUCUGACGACGGCAACAACACCUUCAAGCUGCUCGGCACCACCACCGAAACCCUCAACAUGAGCUCCUACAACUACCUCGGAUUCGCGCAAUCAGAAGGACCCUGCGCCGAUGCCACCGAAGCUGCCAUCAGGAAGUACGGAAUCUCAAUGGCCAGUCCUCGCUCCGACAGCGGUACUUCAGAGCUCACUGUAGAGGUUGAGGAUCUCAUUGCCAAGUUCGUCGACAAGCCAGCGUCCAUGGUCUUCUCCAUGGGUUUCGUCACCAACGCCACUACCUUCCCCACCAUUGUUGGUAAGGGCUGCCUCAUGAUCUCCGAUGAACUCAACCACUCGUCUAUCCGAUUCGGUGCACGUCUUUCUGGUGCUAUGGUCACCAUGUUCAAGCACAACGAUAUGCGACACCUCGAGCGCAAGCUCCGUGAAGCCAUCUCGCAAGGCCAGCCCCGCACUCACCGCCCAUGGAAGAAGAUUCUAGUUGCUGUCGAAGGUCUCUACUCUAUGGAAGGUACCAUGUGCAAUCUCCCCGGCAUCAUCGAGCUCAAGAACAAGUACAAGUUCCACCUCUUCGUUGACGAGGCCCACUCCGUUGGCGGUGUCGGUCCCCGUGGCCGUGGUGUCUGCGACUACUUCAACAUCGAUCCCU